AGCCUCGUACCAGUCUGUUGACAAAUGUUAUCAAGACACCCGUCCCGUUGAAGGUUUCUGCUCCAAAUGCAAUAAAAUGUGACUUUAUUUGACUCCUUUCGACUAAGUGGCGACUCGGGUGGGUUCUUCAUGAACUAGUGAGAGCGGUCUGUAAUCAGCCAUGCUAAAAUGGUUUUCCGGAGAAGAGGGAGAGUCUGGCUCUCCGGGCGCAGGCUCCCCUCACAGCGCCGCGGGGCGCGCAGAGGUUCCUGUGGAGGAGAUGGCCGAGCGGCUGAUUCAAACGGAGCAGCUGGUCCUUCAGCUGAAGGAGCUGAUUCGGGAGAAAGAUGCUGCGCUUCGCUCCAAAGAUGAUCAGCUUAAGGUGGAGAAGGAGGCAUGCGAGUCCAAACUGUCGAAGCUCCGCCUCCAAAACAAAGCAAAGGUGAAGUCUCUGACAUCACAGCUGGAGGAGCUGAAGAAACGACAAGGAGAUCCCGGGACGCCGACUCACGGCAAGAAGGGAUCUUCAGAGGGAGGAGCAGAGCAGGCCAGUCGGGGAAAGAUCGUCUUGCUGAAGAAGAAGGUUGAAGAACUGGAGCAUCAGCUUUCCCUGAAGGAUGGGGAGCUGCAAAAAAGGAGGAAGGAAAUGGAGCUUCAGCAACAGCGAGGUGAGGAGAUGGACGCCAUGCUGACGGAGAAGGACAAGAGGCUGGCAGAAAAAGAGGCCUACAUCGUCCACCUGCAAACAGGACUGGCAGGAGAUCAUCCCAUCACAGAUAAACCAACAGAGAAGGUGCUGGAGGUUGGUGGAGAGAUGCAGGAGCUGCAGCUUCUGGUCCAAAGCCUGACCAAGAAGGUGGAAGAAGCAGAGGAGCGCUACAGUCUCCUGCUGGAGCAGACGGAGAGCCUGAAGGAGCUGCUGGCCUCAGAGAAGGAGCAGUACAGCCAGAAGGAGAACAUGUACAAGCAGAAUAUCCAGACGUUCAAAGACAUCAUCAUUCAGAAAGACAAUCAGCUGAUGGAGGUCAACCAGAUGCACGAACAGGAGCUCUUCAGGCUGGCGGCAAAGUCUGACGCCAGCGCAGACCUGGAGCAGCUGCUGAAGGCCUUAAAGCAGAAGCUGCACGAGAAGGAGGAGGUGCUGCUGGGGAAAACGCAGGUCAUCGACGUUCUGCAGGGCGAGGUGGACGGCAGGGAUCGGCAGAUAAAGGAGCUCACAGAGCGACUCCAUCGGCUGCACGUGGAGCGAGAGAGCCUGGAAUCCAAGAUGGAGGCUGAGAAGCACGUGAUGCGGGCGCAGCUUCGUGACCUGAUGGAGAAGCAUCAAAUGGAGGUGCGGCGAUUGAGCGAGGAGCAUCGGAGCCAGAUGGACCAGAUCCAGCAGGACCUGUUGGGGCAACUGGAGGAGCUCAGGAGAGCCCCGCCGGCGGUGGCGCCACCUGUCGGCAAGGAGGCCUCGGAAAACGGAAACCUGCUAACGGAUCCGGCCUCCGUCCAGAGGAUAGCGGAGCUGGAAGCUCAAGCUAAACAAAAAACAGAAGAGGCCAGUCGGUCUGAGGCCAAGUUCCUGAAAAUAAAAGCCUGGUCCAAGUCUAGAAUCAGACAGCUGGAAGAGGAGCUGAAGAAAAGCCAGGCUGGAGCGGCUCCUCCGGACCUGGUUGCUCUGCGGGGUCACAUCACCGCUCUGGAGGAGGAGAGGGAGGAAAACCAGUGGAAGGUGGAGCACUACGAGGAGCUGAGAGAAAAGAGCGAAAUGCUAGAAGCCAAGCUGGUUCUGUACGAGGAGCAGCAGAGGACGCUGCAGGCUGAGCUGGAGCAGUUCACCAAGAGGGCAGCCUCCCAGGCCAGCGAGUCGGGCAGCGCAGACGACACUCAGAGCCAGGUUCUGGAGUGGCAGGAGAUGGUUUCGGAGGCAGCCAGCGCCAGGGACAGGGCCAGGGAGGAAAAGGCAGCUAUGGCCCUGCGGAUAAGCCACAUGGAGGAGGACAGAGAGGAACUGAUUGAGGAUGACUGGUUCUUUCCUGGCUGCUCCGAUCCAGCACUGGUCACUCGGCAGCAGGAGUUGGAGGAGGAACUGGCUCAAGCUCGGGGGCUCGGCCGACACGGGGCCAAGAAGCUGGCUGCCCCGUCCCAUCGAAGCCUGCAGGAGGAUUUUGAGUUUGAUGGACAAACCCCCUUCCAGGACCCCCGGAACAACUCAGAAAGCACGACCCCGAUGGAGGGAGAGAACAUGGGAGGUUGGUGGCCCGAGUACAGUACUCCUGACCCAGGCGGCCUGCGCUCAGUGGUGGAGGAGCUGGAACUGGAAAGGAACCAGCUGCAGGAGCAGAUCUUGAGCCUGGAGGAGCGCUGCCAGGACCUGGAGGACCGUCUCCAGCUGCAGGCCCGGAUAGAAACCCUACAGAACGAGACGGAGAAGCUGCAGAGCCAGCUGGCCAGCGUACGAAGUCAGCAGAGCAGAGAGGCUGAGAAGCAUCAGCUGCUGGUUAACAGCCUCAAUGAGCAGCUCAGAGGGCUGACGGACACCCAGGAGAGCCUGGAAAGCUCCCUCAUUGAGAAGGAGAGCACCUUGGCCCAAACCUCCGAAAAACUGGAGCUCAUCAGCAGCCUGAGAGAAACGCUGAGCCAGAAGGAGAUCCAGAUCAAAAAGCUUUGCGACAAGCUCCUUCAGACCGAGCACAGCCUGGAAGCCGUGACCAAGAGGUGCAGCAGUGCAGAGAAGCAAUGCUCUGAGCUGAGAACAGAGGCUGCAGAUCUGCUGCAGAAGCAGAGUGUGCUGAAGGAGAAGGCACAGAAACAAGAGGUCACCAUAGAAACGCUGCAAACGGAGCUGGACCAGACGGGUGAGGAGCUGGACAAGCUAAACAGCGCCCACUUGGAGGAGCGUGCUCAGCUCAUCCACGACCUCCAGAGCCGCGAGCGGGAAAUAGAUGGUCUGAAGGAUGUUCUGUCGGAAAAGGACAGAGAGAUAUCCAGCAUGGCCGGAAACAUGGCAGAGUACGCCGAGCAGGUGGGCGUUCUCAAGCAGGAGAUCAAACUGAAAGAGGAGAGCCUGAUCCAGCUGGAGAACGCUCUGAGCAAGGCGCAGCGGGAGGCCGCUGUCAUCAGAGACUCGCAGAACUCCGACCAGCAAAGCCUGAACGGCAAAAUCACAGAUCUGGUCGAGAAGCUGAAGGAUGCCGAGACGGAGCUGCAGAAAACCAAGGAGGAAGGAGAGUCUGCAGCGGCCGAGGUGAAGCGCCUGCUGAAGCAGGUCGACGACGAUAAGAAAACCAUCCAGGAACUUCGAGGGGAGAUCCAGAAACAGACAUCAGGUCACAGAAAUCAUCUUUCUGAAUGUGAAACUCACAUCUCCUCCCUGAAGGAGCAGCUCACGCUCUCAGCACAAAAGCUCCAGGAGUCAGAGGAGAGGAUCCUGCAGCUUCAGGGCAAAACCACCAUGGGAGAAAAGCUACAGCAGGAACUAGAGGAUAAGGAACAGAUGCACCAACGGGAGCUCAAAUCCUUUAAAAAAGAGCAAAACAAACUUUUAGCUCAGGUGGAAAAAUACGACAACCAAGUUCAGGAGUUGGCUGCUAAGUUAGAGGAGAGCGAAGAGCAGAUUAAACGGAAACUGGAAGCCAUAGGAUCUCUGGAAGACCAAAUAAGGGCGUCAGAUAAACAGGUGGAAGAUGAAAGGAAGACAUUCGUCUCUGAGAAGGAGAGGCUGAACAUUGAGCUUAAAAACAGAUCUGAGAGCAUCUCUGGACUACAGAAGGCCCUAAAUGACACAGAAACCCAAAAGCAGGAGCUGGAGGUCAAACUCAAAGGUCUGAAUGAAGAGUUGGAGCUUCAGAAGUGUCAAAGAGACGAGCUCCAUGAACGCCUCGCGUCUGCUCUGCAACUUAACGGCAGUCUGGAGGAGCAGGUUCAGUCUGUCACCGAACAGAGACACAAGCUCCAGCUGGAAGUAAACGAACACAUCAAAAGCCUUUCUGACGUUACAGCAGAGAGAGAUUCUCUGCAAACCAAAGUAUCCGCAAUGGAGACGCAGCUGUCAGAGAGUAACGCAAUCAUCCAGGGGCUGCAAAGAGAAAAGGAGGAUUUAAACAGAGUUAUCGAGCAAAGCACGCACUCCAACUCAGAGAUCCUGCUGGAAAAAACUAACGAAUGCAGCCGCCUGCUGCAGGUACUUAGGGAAAAGGAGGAGGAGGUCACCCGGAUGAAGCUGGAAGUGGAGGGAAAGGAGCGGGCCACCGCUGAGCUUCAGGAAAGAAUUAAAGCGCAGCAAAAUCUGCAGAUGGAGCUCGAAGAGACAAUGGCUCUGCUCCGAGAACAAGAAUCCAGCCUGAGGUCGGCGCUGAUGGAGAAGGACACGAUGCUGAAACAGAGAGAAGAAGAAAGCUCCAAACUACAGACUGAAAUCCAAAUGGAGAAAAACGAAGGAUCCCGACUGAACGAAGAGCUCUGCGAGUCGAGGCGACGACUCGAAGAGCAGGAAGACGUGUGUCAAACUCACAAAGACCAACUGAACGAAAGAAACGAAGCUGUUAAGUCUCUGAGCCAGCAAAUCCACGUCUUCGAAGAAAACACCAGAAAACUGGAGUCGGAGGCUGAGGCGAGGAGAACUGAGCUGGAUGCAUUAAACUCCAGUCUCCAGGCGCUCACCGAGGAAAAGCAGAGCCUUCAGGUUGCUUGUGAAGCCAAAGAAAAGGAGCUUCACCUGCAGAGACAGGCCGCCUCUGAGCUAACAGAAAAGCUAGAAGCUUCUGCUGAGCAGAACUCCAAGAUGGCGGCUGAGAUCGCUGGUCUGACGGACAACAAUCAAAGAUUACAAGAGGAGUUAGAAAAAAACAGUAGAUCUGUUUCUGAUCUAACAGCUGAGAAAAAUUCCCUGGAGGAGAAAACCUCCAGCCUGCAGAACCAGAUCGCAGACAAUCAGACGAUAAUCAGGGAUCUGACCAAGGAGAAGGAGGAGCUGACCAAGAUCCUGAAAGAAAGCGAACAAUCAAGCUCUGCAGGUCUGCUGGAGAAGACUAACCAAUGCGCUCUCCUAUCCAAAGCACUCCAAGAGAAGGAAGACGUCCUCCAGAGUUUACAGGAACAGCUUGAUCAGCUGAAGCACCUGGAGGACACGGUCAGUGAGCAGAGAUCACAGCUGGAAGCUCAGCAGAACCAGCUGCUGCAGCUUCAGGACACCGUAUCCAUGCUUCAGGAGCAGGGAGCCGUCCUGAAGUCAGCGCUGAUGGAGAAAGAUGUCAUGCUGAACCAGAAAGCCAUGCUGCAAGAAGAAGUAGAGUCGCUCAGGAGAGAAACCUCUGAGGUCAAACAGCAUCUGGAGCAGACGCAGCUGGCGUUGGACGAAAUCACGCAGGAGUUCCAGAGUCAGAAAGACGAGCUGCAGAAUCGAAACCAGUCAGUUUUUUCACUCAGCACCGAGCUUGGCGCCAUGAACGAGAGCGCUGCAGAGAUGGAGGCCGAGAUUUCAACCUUAAAAGCUUCGGUGCAGAAACUCUCUGCAGAGAAUCAACAGCUGCUGCAGGAGGAGCUGCAGAGCAAGACUGAGCUGACCGACCUUAGAGACAACAUCCAGGCCCUGACCGACCAGAACGGCAGGCUGAAGACUGAGCUCCAGAAAAUGGUGAGCGAGCUGUCUGCAUCACAGCUGCUCAUCAGCAGCCUGAGAGAGGAAAUCUCUGACAGAGACAACCAGCUCAGAGACGGACGCUCACAGACAGAGGAGAUGAAGUUGACCCUGCAGGAGAAGGAGGAGAAGCUGGGAGACCUGGAAGCUUGCAUCCAGCAGAUCAAUGAGCAGCUGAAGCAGAGCAAAGAUCACAACGCCGAGUUACAAAAACAGCUUUCAGAGCUGGAGGAUACGGCUGCCGAACUCAGAGCUCAGGUUCAGAGUCUGACCUCAGAGUCCAGCGUAUUAAAGACCGCCUUGGAGAAAAAGGAGCUUUCCAGCCUGGAGUAUCAGACUCAUUCUUCUGCCGCCGUGGAAAAUCUCAGUUCCCAUCUGCAGGCCAAGGAAUCCGAGUGCGAGAACCUCAAAGAAAGGGUUUCACACCUGGAGGAAUCCCUCUCUAAGCUCAGCAGCUCCGUGCAGGUCCAGGCCUCGGAGGCGGAACGUCUCCGCAAGGCUGUGGAAGAAAAGGAGGCUGCUCUCCUGGAGCAAUCCAAGGCUGUGGUGGAAGCUAAGAGGAGAGCGGACGAAGCCUCGCUCUUCAAAUCUCAGUUCAUGGAGAGCACGGAGAUGGCGUCUCAGCUGCAGAGUCAGAUCGAGCUGCUGUCCGCUGAGUCUGAAACCCUGAAAAGAUCUGCUGAGGAGACCCAGAGCGCUUUCAGCAACCUGCAGGAGAAAUACGCUGUGAACCUAGAAGAGCUCCAGGAUGUAAGAAAGAGCCUCUCUGAAAGGACGGAGGAGGUGUCCAAACUUAGAAGACAGCUAGAUGAAUCCGGCAGAGAACACGAGGUUUCAAAGAGCACCAUAGAAACCCUGAGAAACCAGGUGUCUGAAAUCAGGGACAAACUGGACAGAAUCGAAGCUCUGAACUCCAGCCUGUCCCAAGAAAAAGACAAAGCUUUAGAAUCGCAUCAAGCCAGAGUAAAUCAGCUGACGGUCGAAAUAGAACGACUAAAAUCCCAACAUCUUCAGGUGGCGGGACAGAUGAGCGCACUGACAGAGAACCUGGAGCAGAGAGAAAUGGCUCUCCACGCCAUAAACAACCAGUACGGCGCUCAGGCCCAACAGCUGCUCUCCCAAGUUCAAAGAUUGGAAGAGAACAACAGGAGUCUGAGCGAGGAGCUGCGCCUGGCCAAGGAGGAGCACCGCAGGCUGCAGGGAGAAGUUGGAAAAGUCAAGGCAGAGAAGGAGGAGCUGGAGCAGAACCGUCAUCAGGAGCUGCAGCAAAAGAUGUUGGAGAUGGAGAGCCUUCAAACCCAGGUUAGUGCCAAAGAUAGAGAGGUGUCUGAGUUAAAACAAAACGUACAAAAAGUAGAGCAGAUUCUGCAGGAUUCAGAGAGAGAGUGGCUGUCGCUGCUGGACAGGGAGAAGCAGGACAAGAUUCAGCUGGCAGAACAGUUAGAAAGGCUCCAAAAUGAAAUGAGAUCUAAAGAUGUUAAAGUUAAUGCUUUGAAAGAGGACUUGGACAGUUUGCAGGAGAAACUAGCAGAGGCUUUGGCUGCAGUCAUGCAAAGCUCUGAGCAGCUGAGCGCCAAAGAGCUGGAGGCCGCAGAGACCAGAGUCCAGCUGGAGGGGCUGUUAGCAUCCGUCCAGAAAAAGGAGGAUGAGAACCAGUGCUUGCAGCGCUCUUUAGCAGCUGCUAAAGUUGAGCUACGGAGAAUUGUUACAAGAGCUGAAGCUGAAAGAGAUUCAUCAGGUGGAUCCGCUGAAGUAAAUGAAGAAAAGUCGACUUUACAAGAAUUAAUAAAGCAGGUAGAAGAGAGCCAUGAUGCUGAGAUCAGUGCCUUAAAAAUGGACGUGGCAGAAUCUUCUGCACAGCUGCAGAAAGAAAGGAGCAACGACGAAGAAGAAAAGGAAACUCUAGAGAACAUCCAGGCUCAGCUUAAUGCAGAAGUACAGAAACACACAUUGUUGCUGAGAGCAAGAGAUGAACAGAUCGGCUGCCUGAGCCUCCAGAUCAGGCAGCAGAAGGAGCUGCUCUCUUCUCUGAGUCAGCAGUUGAAGGAUAAAGACGCCUCCAUCGCUCAGGUUAUCGAGUCUGCCUCAAACGAGAGGCUGAAGCUGGUUGAGGAGGUUGGUUCCCUCUCAGCACAGCUGGAGAACAUGGAGCACGCUCAGACAGAGAUGUCUUUGCAGCUACAGGAACGGCUCUCAAGCUUUCAAAAAGAGAACUCGGAGAAGCUUCAGCUCGCAAAGGAAGCCGAGGAUCUGCGCAAAGAGAAGGAGGCUCUGAAGAAGAAGCUGCAGGCCGCUCUGGUCGUAAGAAAAGAUCUGCUGAAAAAGAUGGAAGACUACAAGCGGCAACAGGAAGAAGGAGAGAAGAAUAAAAUGUUUGUUUUGCAGGAAAAGUUGGAUGAAAUGAAACAAACAUAUGAAAAACAGAUUUCUGUUCUUAAGGCAGAGAGUGAAAGAACUGCAGAGCAACUAAAGUCUGAACAGCAAACCUUACAGAAUAUGUUGAUGGAAAAAGAGGCACGCUUGUGUGAGACUUUACAAAAAGUCGGUGAGAAAACCUCUGAGAUUGAGGAGCUUCAGUCCAGAGCGGAUGACUUCGAACAAGACAGGAACCAUUUGAGACAGAAACUAGAAGAGCUUCAAAAUGAAAUGAAGGCCUGCAACGAUGAGCUGAAGGACAAGUCUUCCUCCCACACUGCAGAUCUAGAGAAGGAGCUGGAGCAGACGAAGUUAGAAAAAUUAGCUAUGCAGAAAAAAGCUCAGGCUGCUCUGCUGGCACGCAAAGAAACGCUAAAGAAAGCUCAAGAAAACGAGAAGAAACUGACUCAAGAACUAUCUGAGCUGAAGGAAGAGCAUGAGGUUCUCUUAGAGCGACACCGGCUGCAAACGGAUGAGCUGGAGAAGCUGCAUAAAACCUCUGCUUCGUAUCAAGAUGACAUGAACUCCUUAAGGCAGCUUGUCGAGGAGAAGAAUAGAUCCCUGCAAGACAUCGAGGCGUCUCUGCAAACAGAGCUGGAAGCUGUCAGGUCCAGAUAUGAGAGCAUGGAGGAAAGAGAAGCUGCUUUAAAAUCCACUUUGCAGAUUGUGCAAAAUAACCUGGAGAAAGCCCAGGCAGAACAGAAAACCCGUGAGGUGGAAAGAUGUCAAGUUAGCCAACAGGAGCAGCAGGUGUUAGCAGAGAAAAGUGUGAACUUAGAAGCCCAGCUCAGAGAAGAAAGGCGUGCAAACGAGGAAAAACUUCACAUGUUGAUGAAGGAAAGAGACGCCGCUUUAGAGCAAAGCAGUCAGCUGAGAGCAGAACUCGAUGAAGCGGUUUCGCAGAAAUCUUCAGAGUAUUUAACCGUCCAAAAAACGUUAAUGGAAACUGAGCAAGAAAAAAAUGUUCUGAAAGAAGAAGCUGAAAAUGCCAAGCUAAAUUUCAUCCAACUCAAGGAAGAACUGAAUUUGUUGAAGCAGGAAAAAGAAAACUUUGAUAGAUGCAUCAGUGUGCUCCGAGAUGAGAUGGCCUCACUGAAGGAGCAGAAAGGAAAGGAGCAGCUUCCAGAGGAGGAAGAUGAGGGUAAUAAAGACCAUCUUAGUUCUCCUGGCGGUGGUUUGGAAACCUUUGAAGGGAAAUUGAAGGAGAAAGACGAAACUCUGUCAGCUUUCCAGGCUCAAGUUUCUGAAAAAGAUCAACUUAUUGCUUCGCUUGAGCUCCAGUUACAGCAGCAAAUGAAAAUGCAUGAGCUCACUGUGGAAAAGAUGAGAACCGAAGCUGAGGGGUUUCAGAAAUCUCAUGACGAUAACACCAAGAUGAAGGAUCUGGAUAACCAAGCCAAACUUUUAGCCAGAAAACUUCAAGCAGCUUUAGUGUCCAGGAAAGAUCUCAUGAAGGAAAACACUUCACUGAAGGAAGAAGUUGAAAAGUUGUCUGCUAAUCAGGAAGCUAAGGAAGCAGAGUUCCUGGACCUGAAAGCAUCCCUGUCCAAGGUGAACCAACAGAAUGUGGAGCUGGAAGGUUCUGCCUUAUCUGCCAUGAAAGAGCGGGAUGCUCUGGCCGCACAGGUGGAUCGCAUCCUGAACGACAACCACAGCCUCUCUGCAGCCUGCGACAGUUUGAAGCUAACCAUCGAAAGCAUCACGCAGCAGAAACAGGCCUUCUCCUGCCAGCUCGAGUCGCUCAAGGACUCCCAAACCGAGGAGCUGUCAAAGUGGAAGUCAAAGCACGCCGAGCUGAAGCAAGAGUACGAAUCUCUGCUACAAGCCUAUGAAAACGUGAGCAGUGAAAUGGACAAGAUGAGGGAACUGUUGGAGGGAGCCAAGAGAGAGCGGCAGGAGGUCCUGAGAAGAAUGCAUGAAGAGGAGACUCAAAAGGAGGUCCUUGAAAAGAAAGCCCGGGAGGCGCAGGAGGAAAACGAGAGCAUUAAAGAGAGGAUGCAGAAAUUUUCUAAAGAGAAACGCCAGAAGAUUGAGAAGCUGGAGGAAGAGAAUCAGAAUCUUCUAAAACAAAUCUCAGAGCUUGACGGAAGCCAUAAAAUCACAGAGGGCGAACUGAGAGACAAAAACCAGCAGCUGGAGGCCGAACUUUCCGAACGGAGAGAGAAACUUGCAGAGAUUCAGGCGGAAAACAUCUGCCUGGCAGAUAGACUUGAGGCAGCGACUUGUUCUUUUGAGGAGAAGCUCUUUGAGUCCGACACAAAUGUAAACAACAUGCAGUUAAAAUUAGACGAGGCUCUCAGUUUGAAUAAUUCACUGACGGCUCAGAUCGAAGCACAAAAAACAGAACUGAGCGCACAGCUGGAAGUAAGCAAUCUGUUACAGAAGGAGAAGACCGAUCUAUCUGAAAGACUGAAAGCAGUUCAGAAAGAUCUGGAGCUGGAGUUGGCAAAGAAAGACGAGCAGAUUAAAGAGCUCAGGGGCAUCAUCGACAGGCACAGCCAAGAGGCCAUCAGUCUUAGCGAAAAGGUGAGAAUCCUGGAGGAUGACAAGUCACUUCUGCAGGAGGAGCUCGAGAACACCCAGGAGAUUUCAGACCAAGUGAAAAAUGAAAACGAGUACCUGGAAACGGUGAUCCUGAAGAAUUCACAAAGAAUCGAUGAGCUGACGGAAUCUGUAAGCGUCCUGCAAACUCAGAACGCUCAGCUGAGCACUCAGCUCGCAGCGAGCAGUGAGAUGGGCGACCAGAUCCGGCGGGAAAAAGAACAGGAGCAGCUCAAGCUAGUUCGAGAGUUUGAGGAAAAACUCAAGACCGCCCAGAGGGGAAGUGACGGCUCAAAGAACGUGAAGAAGGAACUGCAAGAGCUGCUAAAAGAAAAGCAUCAGGAGAUAAAUCAGCUCCAGCAGAACUGCAUCAGAUACCAAGAAGUGAUUUUAGAUCUGGAAAGCUCUCUGAAGAGCUCGCAGUCAACUUGUGAACAUUUGGAGAAGGAGCUGAAGAAGAACUCAGAGAAGAUGUCGGCAUCUGGGGAGAGAAGUGUGCGCCUUGAAUCAGAGGUGGUAAAGAUCAGAAAACUCCACCAGGAGGCAGAGAAAAAGAUCACAAGUGUUGAGUCUGAAAGGGACCAGCUGGCUUUUCAGCUAUCAAAGCAUGUUAAAGAGAUGGAGGAAAGCAAAUCAUCCCAAAACACAGAAGAAACAAGGAGACAGAAUCAGCUACAACAACAACUGGGCGAGCUGAAGAAUGUCAGGGAGAAAGAAAGAGAACGACUGGAUGAACUUCUCAAGGAGCUGGACUCUAAAGAUCUCCAGAUAAACACUCUGAGGAGAGCGGCUGAGACCAGUGAAGCUAAGCUUUCUGCUUUGACAUCCACUCCACAUGGAGCUGAGACCUCCAAACUUUGGGAUGAUUUAUACCAGAAGAGCCUUCAUCAGAAAGACAACCAACUGCUGGAACAAGGCUCGACCAUCACAAGGACCCUGGAGGAACUCCGGAGGAAAGAGAAGGAGCUGAACGAACUUCAAGUAGCUAAAGUCAGAUUGGAAAGGACACUAAAUGAGUAUUCGGUUGCUUCUGCUGCUCAUCAGCGACAGAUGUUCAUCAUAAGCGCAACCAACGCUGAACUGAGUGAGAAUUCGGAGCUUGUGACUCUUCAAGUGAAGGAGCUGGCCGGGCAAGUGGAAAACUUAAAGCAAGAGAAAAACGGUCUGACCCAACGGCUCGCUGACAGAGAAGAUGAGCUGUCCCAGCUGCUGCCUCGCCUAGAGCAGCUGGAGAAGCUAAACGCCGACACAGAAGCUCAGCUGCAAAGUUUACAGGCCGAACGGGACAAAAGUCAAGCAGACUUUGAGAAGCAGCAGGGCAUUUCCCUCCAACUGAAGACUCUCCUUCAGGGCAAAGAUGCAGAGAUCUCCUCCCUGCUUUCCUGCAAAGAUGGCCAGAUGUCCGGCUAUCUGGAGCAACUCCAGGCUAAUUAUCGCAGCCAGGCGUCCGUUUACGAGGACAGGCUCACGUCUUCGCGCUAUCAACGGGAGAAGCUAGACAAAGAGAUGAGAGCACUGCAAACUAAGGUCAAAAGUCUGGAAAUUCAAGUGAGUCGAUCGGUUCAAGAAAAGGAACAGAUGGAGUCCAAGAUCGAGUCCUUCAAGAACUCAAUGGUUUCCUUACAGAGUGAAUGUGAUCGACUGAUGUCUGAAAACAGACUACUGGAGGCAAAGAGUCAGCUGGGCUUGAAAGAUAAAGAAGGAUCCCUCAAUGGCGAGGGCACUGCAAGCAAAGGCUUUAAGCAUGAAAUCAGGAAGCUGCUACAUCAGAUGGAUGAUCUAAACUCGGAGAACGCCAUGCUCAGGGCUCAACUGGUGCGCUACAGAGAGGAUUUAAAUCAGGUGCUGUCACUCAAAGACAACCAAGCGAAGGUUCUGCUUCAAAAACAGCAGGACGUAAUCAAAAAUCUAGAAAUCCAAACAGCUGCUACCGAAAAGCAGCUCAGAGAGUCUCAGCUUGAACUGCAAGAUAAAGAAGAAGAAAGUACUGCACUUAAAGUGGAGAAUGAUGAACUUAAGGGUAAAGUUUCCAAAUUGGAAGCUGAAAGAGGGACAACCAAUGAGGGGAGAGUAAUCAUCAAUUUACAGGAUGCAGUGGCAGCCAAGGCGUCUGAAUGCAACGACCUCCAGCAGAAGGUACUCUCCCAGAAAUUAAUAUUCGAUGAGCUCAAAAGCAGAAUGCAACAGUUGGAAAGUGAGACGGAGAAAAAGCUUACUGAAGCUGAGGACAAAUAUAACAAUGAGCUGGACGCCUUUGAGCGGGAGGUGGAGCUGAUGAGAAACGAGCGUGAGACGGCAGAUCAAAGAGUAGCUGAACUCUCCAAAGAACUUCUUGAUCUGGAGCAGCAGCUUACAGAAGAAAAAUCCCAAAGCAAAGACCUGAAGGCUCAGAAUGAAUCUCUGUGCAAAGCCAUGGCUGCUCUGCAGAACGACCGAGAUCAGCUGAUCGAGGACUUCAAGACUCUCAGGAACAGGUACGACGAAGAACUCCGACAGAGUCAAGUGGCCUUAAAUAGGGUUGAGCGCAGUCUGCAGGACGCAUCUUCUGACCUGGCCGGAUUUGCUAAAGAGAGAGACGUUCUCAUUCUCAAAUUAAAAGCUAUGGAGAGCAAAGAUGCACAUGGAGAACUGAGCAAGUUGUUGGAUGAACUCUCGAAGGGCCUGUCUGAGAAGGAACGAGAGCUGAAAAAGGCGGUUCUUGAAAACAACGCCUACAGCAGACAGCUGUCCGCAUUCUCCAGAUCCAUGGCAAGUCUGCAGGAUGAUCGUGACAGGCUGAUGGAAGAGCUGGCCGGAGCCAAAAGAGUGGCUGAAUCAAAGCCAGGGUCCGGUCCAGAGGUGGUUCAUACCCGGAAGAUGGAAAAAGAAAAAAUCGUCAGAGCCCUUGAAGAUGAAAAUGAUGGACUGAUGAGAACAAAAACGGAUGAGGUCCACCAAACUGCUCGCAGUGAAGUCGGCAGCUUCCUGGAAAACUCAGCAGAUCUGAGAUCUGAAGCUGAGAGGAAGGAACCUCUGGCCAUUAAAAAAGAACAAGCUGUGCUGGCCGGUCAGAGUAAUCAGCAGGACACAGUGAGUCGAUUAGAGGCUGAGAAGAUGCAGCUUUACAGCGACCUGCAGCGCUGCGUUUAUGACAUCCAGCAACGGGACCAGUACUUCCAGCAACUCAACACCAAGCUGCAGCAGGUGUUGGAGGAGAAAGCUGCUGUAGCAGGUCAGCUGAGGGCCGUUUCCCAAACGCUCCGGGAAACUCAGAACCGCUGCCACUGGCUGGAGAGCCAAAUCCAAGGCCAGCAGGGCUCGGCCUACACUGAAGUGGCUCCUGGAGCUCCACAGGAGAGGAGCAACAACUCCACGGUCCGCGAGGCCGCCGAAGCCAGCCAGCUCCGAGAAAGGCUGCUGGAGGUGGAGCUGAUUUUAGCUGACGAACGAGCGAGAAGAGAGACGCUUGAAGAGGCUCUGCGGCUGGCUGAAGACAGAGCUAAGAGUGCUGGAUCCGGCCUAUCCAGAGACAAUCAGAGGGACUUCAGCAUCGAGAUGGAGGCAGAGGAGGAGUGGGAAGCUCUCAGCCUCAACCCAAAUCAGCCUCUAAUAACACGGAAGGUGAAAGGUGGUAUGGUGGCGUGCCGUCGGUGGCUGAGAGGGCGGAGCCUCUACUUCUCCAGGCUGCUGACCAGUCGCGCUCGCUCUCGAUAUUUCUUCCUGGCCUACCUGCUCACCAUCCAUGUUUUGGUCCUGAUGUGCCUCACCGGGGCCUGGUAGUGGAGUCCCUCAGGGUUGGUCCACAGGUUCAAACGUUUCUGUGAUAAAACACUAAAAGCUGCAGAGUUACAGAAGCCGGAGCUUCUCCUCCUGCAGACCACGGAACUCACUGAUCUUUACAUUCAGACAGAGGCGGGAGGGAUUAUUGUUAUUAAGUUACUUUCUGUUGAGUUUGAAUAUCUUUUUAUUUCCAAGUAGACACUACUUCAGAAUGUCAAUCUAAAAGAAGCCUUUUAUCGUUGUUUUUGGUUUCUAACCUUUUAUUUAUCAGAAUACGGAGCUGGAUUGUUGCUUGGUUUUAGUUUUAUAUUUCCUAGAGACCAGAAGGACUAAUCCGCUCUCCAAUAACACUACUGAACAUCUCUGUUUCCGUUGCCUUCCUGGGCGAACACCCACAAACCCCCCCGCCUGCUGCUGCACCAGCCCUGCCUGAUCUCAUAAGUUGCACAUUGACCAAUCGUAAUGCUGACUUCUAACUAUGCACUGAUGGAAGCUGACGAGCAAAGCCAAAGGGUUUCAGCAGAGAAACCGCAUCCACGUUUAAGUCAAAGGACGAUGAUGAUGAUGAAGAAAUAACCUUAAUAUAAACUCUUUCAUCGAUGUGUGCCAUUCAGAGCCGUAUUUAAGAUCCUCCUGUAUUUAUGUGUAUCAGAACCUGGGCUGUACAUGAUGUGUUCAUGUGUGUAUAUUUCCUCUGUAAAUCUGCGGUUUCCUGACAGUCGAAGAGCCUCCGCUGCUUCCAGCUCCUGAACUGAUCCGGGUUUAGGGUAAAGCUGCGGUUCUGGUACGUUGCUGUAAUUACUUGUAUAAAAGCUUGUGGUUCCACCGUAAGACGAGGAACCGAAUGUAUUUAAAAAGUGAAACUACUGAAAAAAAUGUUCAGAUGAUGUAUUUUCUUUACUGCCUCUAUUUUUCUGAGUUAGCGACGCCUUACUGAGAUACAGAGGCUCAACUUUGUGCAAUAAAGUUUCAGAGGUGAGAUUUUUUUCUGCUCAUCUUUCACCAUCUCAGACAGAAACUAAUAAAACUCAGCGAUGAUCUCAGUU